CUUGAUCAGCGCUUGGAGGGGAGGAGUGGCGGGCGCUUCGCCCAAUCGGCUGCCAAGGGUGUGCCGCCCCUCGGCCUGAGGGGACUACCGGCGUGGCGUUGGAGCGGCGAAGGGCGCGUUGAGGUUCGGCUCGUCAUGUUCCGGGGGCCCGAGACUGACUCGGCCAAACCGAGCUCGAGGGUGUUGAAACCGCCUGGAGGGGGCUCCAGCAACCCCUUUGGAUGCCCAGAAGAAGUCUCCUCCCCUCUCAGGCCGCACAGAAUGGCAUCAAAUAUUUUCGGAGGGGCUGAAGAACCUCAGAACAUCCCAAAGAGAACGAAUCCUCCAGGUGGGAAGGUCAGCGGCAUUUUUGAGGACCAUAAACCUAACCCUUCUCGUCAACUUACAAAUCCACCCGGUGGGAAAACAAGCAAUAUCUUUGGGUCUCCAGAACCCGUCGGCACUGUCAGAGCUCACCCAAAUAAGCCUAAGGAUCACAUUGUGUUGAGUGACAGAGGGGAUGCGCCCCAGGAACCAAAACGAAAAGCUCCAGAAGACCAAAGACCACAAGCGGAAGACACACGCAAGCCGGAGAAAGAGACUCCCAAAGAGCCCGGACCCAAGAUAGACGACCACGAGCCACGGCUGGGGCCACGGCCACGCUCCCACAACAAAGUCCUUAACCCCCCUGGGGGCAAAUCCAGCAUUGCAUUUUACUAGGGGUGGCGGGGGGUGGCGAAGCUCUUCCACUUCCCUAAUGGAGUCAGCACAGAAAUACGACCCGAGUGUUCAAAGGCUAGCCUUGCGGUGUUUGCAGAAGAAAGCGCUUAGUGGUUUGACUCCUUGCAGGCAGAAGCCAGGCUGAGCUGCUCCGCAUUUAAAGAUAAAGACCAGACUCCUGAGAGUAUUUUUCUAGUCCAUUAACUUCUGCUGAUUUCUGGCCCCAUGACGGGUCAUAACAAAGUUUAUUUCCUUGAUGCUUGGAUCAGAUAACGCAACCUUGAGGGGAUUUAUCUGCGCUAGACAGAGCAGAGUGAGCCAGCUGUCCUGAACUCGGAAGGUGUGUUUGAACUCUGUGCUGUCAUCUAUUUUGUAGAAAAAUUUGCAGGGAGGAGGGAAGGGAACCCUACCCAGCAAGCAAGUCCUUUUCUGGUCCAAGAAGUCGGUUGAAACCUAUCCUGCAACAACUAAUUAUCCCAGGCAGCCUGCAACUUUGUGGUGGUUGCCUUGGCAACGUUUGUUCCUACAAUCUGCGCUGGCAGAAAUAUGCUCUUGACCAGCGGCUCGGCAUGGUCUCUCCUCCAGGAUCUUAGAGGAUGCGAAGCUGAGAAUAGCAUUGAGGGUAUUUGCCAUUGUCGAUGGCGCUUGAAUCCUCUGUCUGCCUUUGAGAAGUCUACCAACCCACUCUGCGUAACCUUAGGCUUUGAAUCCUGGCCGAGGAGGCUGUUGAGAAUGUAGCGCUGUCGCCCAUCGCUAGCCUCCAAAUCGAAACCAUUGCGCUCAGAAGGCUCUCGUUUCCUUCUUAACUGCCCCCACCCCAGAAAAUCAAUAGGAUGGGUCUAGUUCUGUGCUGACUCUGUUAGUGUCUUUGCCUUCCCUUCUUCUCAGCCUUCCGUUGCCUUGGGCCGUUUUCUGCCUAGUUUGUGGGAUUGCCCGGUCCUUGUCCCUGGAGGUGGUGUCUGUAUUUCUGACAGGACUGCAGCUUCCUCUGCAUUCUGCCCGUUCUUCCCCUGGUUUCCUCUUCCCUACGGUAGGGGACAAAACUAGUUCCACGUGAGGGAAGACAGGCCAGUGCGUGGCAGGGCGCUGCAGUGACCUCUUUCCCCCUACCUCCUAACAGUACGGGCACCCGCUCCAGGAAGGGGCUCUGGGAGAAAUGGACUAUCCUACUGGGUCAUUUACUUUUAAGUUGUAGCUGCCUUGAAACUUCAGUCGUCUCUUCCUCAUCAUCCGAUCAGCGACAGUUCCAGGUUCCUCGCAAUAUGGUAUUUUUAGUGGCACACGGGCCGUUUGGAGUAAUUUGCGAUUGUAUUUUCUGUAAUCUCACGGAGUUUUGGUGGCAGGGGAGGCGAGAGAAGGGGUUCUUUUAAUUUCAGUCACUUUCCCUGGGAUUGAUUCCUCAUCGACAGUAUCCCAGGAUUGUUAAGUCAUUAAGUGCAGCAGCCGGCCUCUCAACUCCGUUCUGUAUGGAAACUCAUGAGGCAUGCCGAAGAAUGAACAGUAUGUCUUGCAGAACAGCUUUGUGCGCCAACAGGAACGCAAACCUGUUGGCUUGGAGGAGUAAGCUCUGUGCCAGAUAUGGAAGCAGACUGGAGUUCUCUGGAUGCUUUCAGUGAAUACAGAACUUGUACCUUCCGACUCCUGUUCUUUGGGAGGAGAGACUGGCCCUUUGGAUCACUUUCUGUGGUAUUCAUUCCCAAGAAGCCCUUCUGUUUCAGUUGCAGUUGGCCACUGACUAAGAAUGGCUGGGCAUGGACUGGAAUGCACCCUGAAGCAGGCUGGGAUUGGCCUUGGGGUGUCUGUCAGCCCAAGCUUGCUCCUCUGACUUGGGGUAUGGAAUGUAUUUGGGUAGAGCACAUAGGGCUAAAGUAUUUAAAAGUGCAUUUCCAUCCGUGCCUCUUCCUUGGGUAGCAGUUUUUCAGCAAAGCCUUAAAUUAUUACAGACCUGAUUGUGCCAUUUCUUUUCCCCAAGAUGUGGCCAGUGAGGGCACAUGCUGUAUCUAGGUAAAGGGUGCUGUUCCAGGGGGGAAUGAAUAGCUUCGAUCUGUGAAUCAUGUACUACAUAAUAAACAGCCUGAUUUUGCUAA